AUGCCGGUCUCGAAGCGCGCCAAAGUCGUGCCCCUCUCCAAGACCAAGAAGCGGAAGACGGGGGAGCGCGGGCGCGCAGCCACUGCCAAGAAUUUGCUGAUUGAAAAAGUCCGAGAAGUUGCGGAAGAAAAGGGAAUUCACAUUUAUGUUUUGGACUUCCAAAACCAAAGAAACGCGGCCCUGAAGGCGGCCAGAGACGCCCUCAAGCCCGGCAGGUUGUUUUACGGGAAGAACAAGGUGCUGCAGGUGGCGCUGGGGACUCAGCCGUCGACGGAGUGCGCGUUGAACGUUUUUAAAAUCAGCAAAAUGCUCAAGGGAGAAAGAGGUUUAUUAUUUUCGAAAAAAGAAAUAAAUGAAGUCCAACAAACCCUAAAUAAGGUUUCCGCAGACGAGUUCGCCAGGGCCGGCUUCACGGCCACCAAAACCGUCACUCUCCAGGCGGGCUUCGAAGCCCUAGAAAAGUUUCCCCACUCUAUGGAGCCGCGCCUGCGGUCUUUGGGACUUCCCACGCAGCUGCAAAAUGGGAAAAUUAAUUUGCUGGGGAACUACACGGUGUGCACGGAGGGAACUCCAAUCACGGCUGAGCAGGCGCAGCUCUUGAAACACCUGGACGUCAAAAUGGCGCGGUUUUGUCUUUCGGUUGUUGCCCAUUGGCACGAAGGAGCUGUUGAAGAAUUAUGA